CCUCCGGGCUCGGGUGCCGGCUCAGCGUGAAGCCCUGGCCUCGGCGGCCGGGGCAUGGGCCAGGGCUACGGCGUGAGGCGGUGUUCCGCAGGGCCGUGACCUGCUUCCCUGGGGUGACUUCAGCAUGAAGACCCUCAUAGCCGCCUACUCCGGGGUCCUGCGGGGUGAGCGCCGGGCCGAGGCCGCCCGGGGCGACAACAAGAAUGGAGGAUCUACCACCCUGUCACGCGAAGGGUCCGGGCGAUGGGGCACUGGCUCCAGCAUCCUCUCGGCCCUCCAGGACAUCUUCUCUGUCACUUGGCUCAACAGAUCCAAGGUGGAAAAGCAGUUACAGGUCAUCUCCGUGCUCCAGUGGGUCCUGUCCUUCCUCGUGCUGGGCGUGGCCUGUAGCGCCAUCCUCGUGUACACCUUCUGCACCGACUGCUGGCUCAUAGCCGUGCUCUACUUCACCUGGCUGGCGUUUGACUGGAACACGCCCCAGAAAGGUGGCAGGAGAUCACAGUGGGUGCGAAACUGGGCUGUGUGGCGUUAUUUUCGAGACUACUUUCCCAUCCAGCUGGUGAAGACCCACAACCUGCUGACCACCAGGAACUACAUCUUUGGCUACCAUCCCCACGGCAUCAUGGGCCUGGGGGCCUUCUGCAACUUCAGCACGGAGGCCACCGAAGUGAGCAAGAAGUUCCCCGGCAUAAAGCCGCACUUGGCCACGCUGGCCGGCAAUUUCCGGAUGCCCGUGCUUCGGGAGUACCUGAUGUCUGGAGGCAUCUGCCCUGUCAGUCGGGAUACCAUAGACUACUUGCUGUCAAAGAAUGGGAGUGGCAAUGCUAUCAUCAUCGUGGUUGGGGGCGCAGCCGAGUCCCUGAGCUCCAUGCCCGGCAAGAACGCUGUCACCCUGCGGAACCGCAAAGGCUUUGUGAAACUGGCCCUGCGCCAUGGAGCUGACCUGGUUCCCACCUACUCCUUUGGAGAGAAUGAGGUAUACAAGCAGGUGAUCUUUGAAGAGGGUUCCUGGGGCCGCUGGGUCCAGAAGAAGUUCCAGAAGUACAUCGGCUUUGCCCCAUGCAUCUUCCAUGGCCGGGGCCUCUUCUCCUCUGACACCUGGGGGCUGGUGCCGUACUCCAAGCCCAUCACCACCGUUGUGGGUGAGCCCAUCACCAUACCCAAAGUGGAGCACCCGACCCAGCAGGACAUCGAUCUGUACCACAGCAUGUACAUGGAUGCCCUGGUGAAACUCUUUGACAAGCAUAAGACCAAAUUUGGGCUCCCAGAGACAGAGGUCCUAGAGGUGAACUGAUGAGCCCUGGGGCCCACUCCUGGGAAGAACAGCUGCAAAUCCUUUUCUACCAAGUUCUCAACGGCUUUUUGUUCUGUAAAUUUGGAAGCGUCAUGGGUGUCUGUGGGUUAUUUAAAAGAAAUUAUAAUUUGUUAAACCAUUGCCAUGUUAGGUUGUUUUUAAGAAGGAAAGUCAUUACUUCCAGCUCUGGCUUCCAUGUGUCUUGCUGUAGGUGGUGGUUUCUCAGCACCCGUCCUCUUUCCAGAAUGUCAGAGAACACUCGGUCCUGGGUAACUGGGGAAGGAGGGCGGCCUUUCUGCGAUUAGGGCCCCUUUGUGUCAGCCAUUCCCGAGGGGCAGUGGCCACUUCAGCCACAAACAUCUUUAUUCCCACCACCCUACCGUGACUGCAGGACUGGUCCCUGUUGCUCAAGGAAGGGUACAGAGGGCAUAGUUGUGCCCAUUUGUGGAGGGCAGUGGGGAGCAUCUGAAAUGCCCGGCUUGGUCUCCUCUCAGGCCCACGCCUCACUCCCUCUUUCCAGUCUGAGCCUGCACUUGGCCUCCUGUGUUCUGUGCUGGGGACAAGGCUGACCCACAAGAAUCAUCACAGCUAUCCGGCUGCUGUUGACUGUUGGAGUGACCAGUCUUGCUCCAGAGACUGACAUCAUGGACUGGGCACAGCUCAGCCAUGGCCUGGAGCUGGGCCUGGGCUUGCCUGAGCCAAUCCCAAGACUGGUGUGAGGAAACGUCUCUCUUGUUCACAGAGGGGCCUGGCCUCUUGCACAGCACACUGGGUCCAGGACAGGAGGCCCCCUAACCUAAACCCGAUGUGCGUGCCUUUCUGAGGCGUGAGGGCAGGGAGGAAAGCCAGCCCCUCCUGUGUGUUCUGUUUUUUCUCCAUGAGAUUGUUGUGUCAUGUCAUACUUUUGUAUGUUCCUACACUAAUAAAUGGAAGCGAGGA